GGCGACAAAUGCUGUGGUUCCUGUUACUCAGCAGCCUCACAAACACACCAACUCCUGCAAGAAGGGAUAUGAAUCUUGGAGCUCCUAGCUAUUCUGUUCCUGUUUCCAUCAGCCCCUUCCCUGAAAACUCAGAGGUACUCAGAAUGCCACGCUAAAAGCCAAAAUAAAAAGCAGGGGACAUCUCAUACAAGCUUUCCUGAGAAAUGAGAAUUUGCAGGGCUGAGGAUUCUGAAUCAUUAGUGAGCUCUAAUCAUGUGGCCAAUGAAAGUGUCUUGUUGCCAAGAUCAGCGAUGUCAAAUGAUCUUGGAAACAUCUCAAAUUUAAUGAGGACUUUCCAACAUUCCAGACUGCUGCCCUGCAAUGAAGCUCUGAGUCAUGGUCUGUGGGAAUAAGGUACUGGCAACAGUGUGAACCCCAGGACAACCAACCUCACUAACCUCCACUCUAAGCAGAAGCCCAAAGUGAGUCUGGCCUGAAAUCAGAGCAAGCACUGCAGAAAGGCAUCUUUGUUAAUGGAAAGAGGAAAGAAGAAAAGAAUUUCCAAUAAGUUACAACAAACUUUCCACCAUUCUAAAGAACCCACCUUCCUUCUCAACCAAGCUGGGCUUCUCUCUAAUGACUCUUAUUCUAGCCUUUCGCCAGAAACAGAGAGAGUUAAUCCUGGUGAAAAGAUAAAGAUAGACACUCAGAAAAAGAGACCUGGAACUGUGAUACUAUCAAAACCAUCAAGUAGAAUAAUUAUGUCAGAAAGCCAGCUUAGCCUCCCUGUGAUCCCUGCUCGCAGGCCUGGAUUGCGGGUAUGCUAUAUCUGUGGUCGAGAAUUUGGGUCCCAGUCAAUUGCCAUUCAUGAACCCCAGUGCUUACAGAAGUGGCAUAUCGAAAACGGCAAAUUGCCCAAGCACUUGAGGAGGCCAGAACCCUCCAAACCACAGUCUCUCGGUGGCAGUGGGUCCUCCAGUCUUCAGGCAACGAAUGAGGCUGCAUUUCAGAGUGCCCAGGCUCAGCUGCUGCCCUGUGAAUCCUGUGGCCACACAUUCUUGCCAGAUCGUCUUCUUGUUCAUCAGAGAAGCUGCAAGCCAAAGGGAGACGGUCCCAGAGCACCACACUCUAAUAGUUCUGAUCACCUUACUGGCCUCAGGAAAGCUCCUGGUGGAACCCCAGCCCGACCAAGGACCAUUAUCUGCUACAUUUGUGGUAGGGAAUUUGGCACCCUAUCCCUUCCUAUACAUGAGCCCAAAUGCCUGGAAAAGUGGAAAAUGGAAAAUGACCGGCUUCCCAUGGAGCUCCAGCGGCCACUCCCAAAGCCUCAACUCCUUCUGACUGUGCAGUCCAGCCACGUGCGACCAAGUCAAGCUCAGCUUGUGCCCUGCCCAAAUUGUAACCUAACCUUUGCCUCAGACUGCCUUCUGGUACACCAGAGAAGUUGUAAAACUCAACCUCAUGGGCCAAAAGAUCAGAAUUUGACCUUAUGGAGUAAAGGAGUCCUAAAAGAGUCCACCAAUUCCAAACAGCAAAGGAAUAUGGCAGGACCCAGUGUAACUGUUAAGAUCAUUCAGGCCACAUAAGCUGCAUUAGGUGAACCUGGUGGCGCCCUCUGCCUGUAAGGGAAUGAGAGAAAACUAUCCCCAGAAUCAGCCAUCUCAGCCUCUAGUAUUUUUUCUACUAAUGCCUUAUGUCAGCCUCAAUGCAGCCUGUUCAAGUUAACUCCCUGUUGGACUCCAGGGCCUUUAUCUCUCUUGGCUAAAUAGAUACAAGAACAUCCUUGCCUGAUGGGUUCAUAUUCCUCUUCAAUUCUGCUGUCUAAAAGAAGGAGAAACUAACUACUUUCUUCUCUGAUCCCUGAUACAAAUAAUCCCUGGGAGAGACUGUAAUUUGAAAAUGAGUCAUUAAUGCUGUGUCUAAAUUACAAAGAUAUAAUAUAAUUCCCUUCCAACAGCCAAUAUUUAUUGCUGGUUUAUUUUAGUCAUCUACCUUAGGAAUUCAUUUUUGGCAAUGCUGGGUUAUGCUGAGUUUAUCUUACUAAAAUAGAAUCUAUGUCAAAAACCCCAAAUGACUUUAGCAACAAUUAAACACUGAAGCACUCCCAAAAAUACACAUGCUCUGUAAAUACAGCAUAUUUGUUUCUUUUGACAUUUAUAUGGUUGUAGUAAGAAGGAAAUUAACCCCAGCGUAGGCACGGAAGCAACUAGGUUGUGUUCUGGGAGGUGCUUAGUUCCUGCUGCUUCUCUGUGUCUUGUGUUCAGGUUGAAUAUAGGGCCCUGACCCCCAACUUGGGCCAUUCUUAAUAAGCAUGACCCCAGGAAUCCCCAGCUUGCAUAGCAAAGAGUUUUCAGGGAUUUUUUCUAAAGUUUCACUGUAGACAAGGAUUGGAGAGAGAUGCUUACAAGAGUGGCUACCCACAAGAUAGGGCCUGGUCCAGGUUCUUUGUCCUGCCAUUAAACCAGAUGGUGGAUGUACUAUCUCGUGUCAGCCUUACAGCAUAUCAAAUCAUGAGGAACAAGAAGUGGCAAAAGUCUUUUUUCCAUGGCUUGCUACUUAAAAGCCCAGCCUGUAGGGAUAAUGGAUUCUUAAGAAAAUUAAGAUUAGGCUGGUGAGGUGCCUCACGCGUAUAAUUCCAGCACUUUAGGAGGGCAAGGCAGGUGAAUCACCUGAGAUCAGGAGUUCAAGAUCAGCCUGACCAAUAUAUCUCUACUAAAAAACAAAAAAAUUAGCUGGACAUGGUGGCGUGUGACUGUAGUCCCACCUACUCAGGAGGCUGAGACAGUGAGAAUUGCUGGAACCCAGGAGGUGAAGGUUGGAAUGAGCUGAGAUCACACCAUUGCACUCCAGCCUGGGCAACAGAGCAAGACUCUGUAAAAAAAAAAAAAAAAAAAGAAUAGAAAAAAAGAAAAGAAAACUUAGAUUACACAAGCUAUUGUAAAAGAUUAAACCAAAGGAAUUAGUUGGGGAGGGGCAUCCCUUAUUUCUAAUUUGAUUUUUCUUUCUUUUUUAUUUUAUUACUUUAAGGACUAUCUAGACCUUUUCUCCUAAAUUCCUUGUUUAAAAUAAAAUGAGUAUUGGUUUAGAAGAUUCCAAGACAAUGAUUCGAAAGCUGAAGAGUCACUCACAGCUGCUGGGCAAGUUUUCCGAUGAAUACUGAAGAAAAAACAGCUAGUUUCUUUGCCGAAUGAAAAACCAAACUCCUCAGUGUGGCAUGGUCUUCAAGCUGCUUUCGUAAACAUGACCUGUUUUUCCCACCUUCUGUCUGUUGCUUUUCUUCUAUAAUGUGUGGGGUCUGGAUUCAGAGAGUACAAGAAUCUGUGUCUCAGGGCCACAAAUCAGAAACUCUGUUCGCUUUCUGCCUUACAGCCCUGUUUCUUGAUUGUAUGCAUUUACUUCAAAUGUUCUCAUUACAGAUCUAGAGAUAGGGAAGCCUGUGGUCAGGAUUCUUGUGCUUGUUGUUGUUACACAUACUUUGUGCUCAAGAGUGGAGCCAACAGGCUGAGCACAGCAUGUUCUUACUCAGUCACGAUGGCUGAAAAUGGUUGGCUUGGGCCUCCAGCUUCCCGAGGAGACACCUUCCUGACUCACCCGGUUGUCUGGAGGGAAGAAUGUCAGGAGAGGCCAGCGAUGGCCCUUCAGUGACUAGACUCAUGGAUUUAGAUGAGAGUAGGGGGAGGCAAUCUAGAGGACAUGCCUAUAUCAGAGCACACCCAACCCUGCUCUCAGGCCUGAGAACACAUAUGUGAGUGGGAAACUGGCCCCGACCACUGUCAGAUGUGUGCUGGCCUGUUUGGGGACCACACAAGCUUCAGUAGAGGGUAUAGAGAGGUCAUCCAGCAUAGGGUCCAUUUGGCUGCCAGACAUAAAACAAGCUUGGGUUAGUUACAAAGGAGAAAACUCAGGCUGCCAGGGAACAUAAGAUCUUUCAAAGCAGUGGGCUUUAGCCCUUCCUUUGAGAAGACAUUUACCAUUUCAUAGUGCUUUCAGUAGAAAGCCUUUUCUCCACAGUGUAGAUUAAUUAUUAUUUGAUCCUGCCUAUAGAUGUUUUUUCUUUUUAUCAUUUAAAUUUUUAAUAGGGCUAUGAAUUACUCAUUUUCCAUAAAGAACAUAACUCUGAUGAUUAUUAGAUUUCAGAAUUCAAUCUGUCUGUGACAGCUGACUUUUGGCAGCCUGUGACACUCAUACAUUCCUUCUUACAAUUCAGAUGAUUUCUCUCCGGAAUGCUUGGUGUGAUCUCAGAUUAGAAUCAACUAUUUUGCCUUGCAUUCUCACAGGGUUCUAUCUUGUAAGGGAUUCAGGUGAGACAAAUAGUUUCAGAACCAUGAUUAUAGUACUUGGAAAACAACUCACUCCAGUGAUGCCACAGUCACUGUUUCAUUGGCAGAAAGAAUUGCCUUUCCCUCAGAAUGUUUCUCCAACAUAUAUUGGCUCAGGUCCCUCAUGACACAGAUGCUCCUGCCAUCCUUCUAUCAAAUCUAAACACAAACACUGAUUAGACAAGUCCUGCUCCAAUAUCUCAAUGGGCAUUUUGCAUUGCCUUCUAACCAAUAUAUUGGCUCGAACUGUCUCAUUGUUUCUCAUCCAAAGUGUAGGGCUGAACUCAUUCCUUGUGAUCUCACAGGAAAGUUGUGAAGGACACUAAACAGUAUUUAAGAGGAAUAAAACCUUCAGUGUGGAUUUUUAUUUAAAAGGUGAACAGUCCCGGGACAGUGUAUAUGUAUUUCAUGGUGUAAUGAGCAGUAUCACACUUCCUUUCUUUCCUCUAAAAGCCUGGAAGGGCAAUACCCAAUUUAGCAAAAAUGUAAAAGUAGUGUCAAUUCCAGAUGAAACUUUGAUUCAUUAUAUGGACCAAAUCAUAUGUUAACAUUUUAAAUUUUAAUAUCACAUAUUUAAUGAGAUUCUUUUAUGUCUAUUUUAGUAAAUGAUUUUCUAAGCUAUGCUGAAGAAUAUAAUAGAAGUAAUUAUUUCUUAUUUUAAUAUGAAUAAUUUUAAUAUUUGCAUUUAAUAGUUGAUAAAAUUUUGCCUGUUUUUAGAAGCUGAUUGUAACUCAUUCUUUAGCUUUAGGCUCUUUCAAGCCAACUGGAACAGAGCUAAUUAAAUAUAACUUAAGCCAAAAUGA